AUGGCCACCAUCAGCCUGAUGAAUAAUGUCCUCUCCAACGUCACUGAGCCCCACCCCUCUUCGUUCUUAUUGUUAGGGGUUCCAGGAUUGGAAGGUUUACAAAUCUGGCUUGGCUUUCCAUUCUGUGUUGUUUAUCUAAUUGCUCUUGUUGGAAAUAUUAUCAUUCUGUUUGUGAUCUGGAUUGAUAAUAACCUUCACCAACCAAUGUUCUACUUUCUGGCCAUGCUGUCAAUGAUUGACCUGAGUCUUUCUACAACUACCGUCCCCAAGAUGCUGGGCAUCUUCUGGUUCAGCCUUCAGGAGUUGUGUUUUGGGUGCUGUGUUGCUCAAGUCUUUUUUAUCCAUUUUUUUACAGUCAUGGAGAGCAUUGUUCUUCUUGCCAUGGGUUUUGAUCACUAUGUGGCUAUUUGCAACCCUCUUAGGUACACCACGAUCCUCACCAACAGAAUUAUUGGUUUGACUGCUACAGUCAUAGUUCUAAGAAGCUUAUGCAUGAUUGCUCCCAUUAUUUUUCUCCUCAUGAGACUGCCUUAUUGUGGACAUAGAAUCAUACCUCAUACCUAUUGUGAGCACAUGGGAGUGGCACGUCUGGCUUGUGCCAGCAUUAGUGCCAAUGUCUAUUAUGGUCUUGGAAAUAUUUCUAUUUUGUUUCUGGAUUUGUUUCUUAUCAUUACCUCCUAUGCUAGGAUUUUACACACUGUCUUCCACCUCCCUUCCCAAGAUGCCCGCCUGAAGGCCCUUAAUACUUGUAGCUCCCAUGUCUGUGUCAUCUUAGCUUUCUACGGCCCAGCUCUUUUCUCCUUCCUCACUCAUCGCUUUGGUCAUGGCAUCCCCCAGUAUAUCCAUAUCCUCCUAGCUAAUCUAUAUGUAGUCAUUCCCCCUGCCCUCAACCCAGUCAUUUAUGGGAUCAGAACCAAGCAGAUACAGGAGCGGGUAAAGAGUCUCUUUGUUAAUAGCAGAUUGAAUGAGAGAUAA